AUUCAGGAGACAGGUUCUCUGACGUCAUAUUCAGGCUCCAGGUUUCUGAUUUCUCGGGUCAGGUCUGAGGGUCUUUGGAGGACAGGUAUCAUGGCCCUGAGGGUGAUCCGGAUCGUCCUCCCAGCGGGAGCGACUGCUUUCAAAGCGGGGAACAUUACACAGAAGGCAGGACUUCACACCAGCUCAGUGAGGAGCCUGCGGUACGGCUGGUGGGCGUACGCUCUGGGAGAGAGGACGACGCCGCGGUUCACCCAGAACAGUAAAAUCAUCUCUGUGGAUGGAAACCUGGGAUCAGGGAAAGGAGCUCUGGCUCAGCAGCUGGCUGACAAGCUGGGGAUGCUCUACAUGCCCGAGCCCGACACUUUCUACAUGGACAAGAUGACUGGAGAGACGGAGCCGCUCCCCGUGGAGUAUAACGGGAUGUGCAGCCUGGAGAAGUUCUACACGGACCCCAAAGCAGCAGAUGGAAACAGCUACAGGCUGCAGAGCUGGAUGUACAUCAUGAGGCUGCUGCAGUACUCUGACGCCCUGGAGCACCUGCUCACCACAGGCCAAGGAGUGAUCCUGGAGCGCUCUCCCUUCAGUGACAUGGUGUUCAUGGAGGCCAUGUUCAAAGAGGGGUACAUCAGGAAGGAGUGUGUGCAGCACUAUAACGAGAUCAAAGGCAUCAGCAUCUGUGAGUUCCUGCCUCCUCACCUCGCCAUCUACAUCGACCUGCCGGCCGAGGAGGUGCAGAAGAAGCUGAAGCAGAGCGGGAAGCCUUACCUGCAGAACGUCCCUCUGUCGUACCUGAAGGCCAUCGAGGACUCCUACAAGAAGUCUUUCCUGCCCCAGAUCAGUGAGUCAUCAGAGGUCCUGGCGUACGACGCAACACAAGCUCAGGACGUUGAGAGGGUGGCGGAGGACAUCGAGUAUUUAAAGUUUGAGAAAGGACCCUGGCUGGAGCAGGACGACGUGACGUACCACCACAUGAGGAUGCUUGUGGAGGACAAGCAGAGGGUGGCCACCCUGACCCACAUACCCAGGUUCCUCCCAGAGAUUACCAUCGGGGCCCACGAGUACGACGAGAAGUACUUCGCCUACAGAGCGCUCCCAGGGAAGAGGUAUGCUUCUGGUUAUAACGACGACGUUGGAGACAAACACAUCUGGCUGAAGUGAGUCCUCAGCCGUCCCCACAGGCUGACCUCUGACCUCUGGUCCACGGUUGAUCCAGUCUCCUGCUGUACAUCCUGAAUAUUAUAUAUGUGUUAAAUAAAGAGUAAACUUUGA